AUGAUACCGCAAUGGCGUCUGACAGACCUGGCGUUCUUCUUGUUGCUAAACUUCGUAUCUUGUCUUGACACGUCCCUUUCAGGCAAUGAGCCAAAGCGUAACCUGAACUCGGUCAAAUCCAGCUAUGACUACAUUAUCGUCGGUGGCGGUACAAGUGGUCUUGUGGUCGCCAACAGACUAACUGAGGACUCUGACAAAACCGUCUUGGUGGUCGAGUACGGCGAUUUUGCCAACACCAUCAACGUGACGGUGCCAUACUUUACAACUCAGGACCAGACACCACGGCUCUACAAGAUGACCUCAGUACCACAAGCCCAGCUGAAUAAUCGUAUCACGAACUUGCGUAUCGGUAAUGUGGUCGGAGGCAGCUCUACCGUCAAUGGCAUGGCGUGGGAUCGAGGCUCCUCUAUUGACUAUGAUUCCUGGGAAGAGCUUGGAAACCCCCACUGGGGAUGGAAGACACUCACCAGCUACUUCCGCAAGUCGUCUCAAUUCGGACCUCCCGCUCAAGAGUACGUUGAUCGAUACGGCUACGAGUGGAGUGCUGAAUCGUAUGGCGACGGGCCCAUCCACGCGGGAUACCCGGCCUGGCAGUGGCCUGCUGCAGAAUUGAUGGCCAAAGCUUGGACAGAUGACCUUGGCACACCGGCGCUUACAGAUGGCGCCGACGGUAGGAACGUCGGCAGCGCUUGGCUACCGAUGAGCUCGGACGGUAAAGAGGCGGUGCGGUCAUGUGCCGAGACAGCGUACUAUAAUCCUGUCAGUCAUCGGAAGAAUCUUGACUUGCUGGUUCGACAUUAUGGGUCCAGGAUUCGAUUUCGUGAUGGCGUGGUCAUAGGACUUGAGAUCGUCAAUCGAGAUGAUGCUAAAAAAUCCAAAUUCAUAUCGUCAAGUCAAGUUAUCUUGGCCGCUGGGACAGUCAAUACCCCUCGAAUUCUGCAACUUAGUGGUGUCGGGCCAAAAAGACUUCUCGAUAUCUUGAACAUAGACGUCGUCGUGGACGCGCCCGGCGUUGGAGCCAACUUCCAGGACCAUCCUUCCUUUUUCGUGGUAUACGAAUUUAAAAACAAUACGGCUAUCAAUCCGGAUUCCAUGAAUGAUCCCGACUUCUACGACGCAGCUUGGGAUGAAUACACUUCAAACAAGACUGGACCCUUCUCUCACGCAUGGGGCAACCGCGUUGUGUUCCAAUCUGUCAAGGAUCUAGAUCCGGAGUUCCAUGCCAUCGCCGACAGCUUAGACGACCAGGAUCCGUUGUCCUUUUUGCCCUCCUUGUAUUCAGACAAUCCAUCACUUCUUCGAGGAUUCCUGCGACAGCGAUCGACACUCCAGGCGCAGUUCCGCAAUCCAGAGGCGGGUGUGUUUGAGUAUGCAUUCGGUGGAGGUGUCAACGUCGUCGUUGCUCUUCAGAAACCGCUGUCUCGCGGCACCAUCUUCAUCAACAGCACGAACGCAGACCCGUCUAUCCCGCCGCUCAUUGAUUUUAACACGAUCUCGAACCCUGUGGAUCUCCUCUUGGCAAAACGGGCACUGGCAAAAGCAAGGGCGUUCAUGAGUGCCGAGAGUGUUGUCUCACUCGAACCGGUGGAGGUCUCUCCGGGGCCGGAUGUUCAAUCAGAAGCAGACGUGGAGAGGGUGAUGAGAGAGUCAUUGAUGGGUCCCAGCCUUGAUCACCCCGUGGGGACAGCUGCCAUGAUGCCCCGGGAGCUGGGAGGCGUGGUGGACACGAGGCUUCGAGUGUAUGGGGUGGAGGGUUUGUCGGUGGUGGACGCGAGUGUGAUGCCGUUGCUGCCGGCUGCGCAUACACAGGCGACUGUGUAUGCUGUGGCAGAGUAUGCUGCGGAUAUCCUCCGAUCUUGA